AUGGGCAAGGAAGAAAGGUUGUUGCCGGUAACACCUGUUGACGCCCGUUGGUACUUGGUAGCUGAUUGGGUCUACGUCGCUUUGGCUAAACAAGCCUCCCUUCUAGAACAUCGCAUGCCUAAGGCGUUGUUCAGCCAAAGGCAAGUCCGUAUACCGUACAAACUAGAUUUUCAAGCCGCCUACCAAGGACACAGAAGGCAAUCCUUGCCACCUUCAUUUUGCCGAAACAAUAUGCCUAGGUAUAGCGACAAUUACGUCGGAGCAAUAACAGUAUUCUACAAGGUACUAAGCAGAGUCUAUUCAACAGCCGUUGUCCCCCUUCGAAUUCAGACCUUACCCCCUGUCCAUAUAUAUACGCUAAGGAAACCAUUCAACCAUGUUUCUUACCAAAUUCCUUGCCAGGAGAUAGAGCGGAGUUCAGUCCGCAUACGACAGCAAGCGCAUUGCAGCAUACCAAGCUAUACCAAGUAUACCAAGCAUAUGGAGGAGCCGCUCUUUCGUCAAAUACCAAAUGAAAUACUAAUCAAACAGGCGCCAUCCAGUCAAACCGGUACGUUGACGAAACGUCGCCAGCACCGGAAGAAACGCUUGUUCGGCCUGCAUCUGCGAACGGUUGGCAGCAGGCAUAUACUACAGCGGCCUGCGAUCCCCUAUUCCGUACCUGAUUCGUUUACCUUCAUUCACCAACCGCAAAUGAUACACCAUGGCGUCCGUGCACGCGGCGGAUGUAACGCUUUACGUCUUCUGAGUAGAACUUUCACGUCUGCAUCUGCAUCAACCUCUAGUAGGGAUUCUGAAGUUGGAUCUGGUGUGGCUUGGGUAUCUUCAACCAGCCAGCUGGGUCAUGCGGCUCACCGCUCGAUCAUACUCCAAUCAUUGCUUGCUCGCUAG